GCGUACAAGUAUGACCAUUUAUAACGCUAUUGUCUGGUUGCAUUCAGACACUAUGUCGCAGGGCACGUUUAAAAUGUAGCGUUCAUGUGCGUGAUACUGUAUUGUCAACAUUGUUAACGUUGGUCUCUGCGUUUCAAAAUGGCGGACCACGGAGAGGAACAAGAUGCUGAAGUUGAGGAUGUUGAGGAUGAGUUGUAUGAAGUUGUGGACAUCACAGAUUAUGCCAGGCGCCAUCAGUGGUGGAGCCGUGUCUUUGGGAACAAUUCUGGUCCGAUAGCUGAGAAAUACUCUGUGGCCACCCAAAUCAUGAUGGGAGGAGUCACUGGUUGGUGUGCAGGGUAUCUCUUUCAAAGAGUGGGGAAGAUUGCUGCCACUGCUGUUGGUGGCGGAUUUCUACUUUUGCAGAUUGCCAAUCACAGUGGAUAUGUACAGGUUGACUGGAAGAAAGUUGAGAAGGAUGUCAACAAAGCCAAGAAACAUCUGAAAAAGAGAGCUAACAAAGCUGCUCCUGAACUGAACUCCUUCAUAGAAGAGUCCACAGAAUUUGUAAAAAGGAACAUUGUCAUGUCGAGCGGAUUCGUCGGAGGCUUCCUGCUGGGUCUGGCAUCUUAAGCGUUACAGGAGUGGAGUUUGCUGUCAGUCAUCUCGAUCGAGAGAUGCGCUCCCUUUCGUUACUGUGAAACACGGUCUCAUACCGCAGAAUGCAGUGUGGGGCCCUCGGUACUCCACGUCGUCGUCGUCUGUGCAGCAUGCUCAGUUACAAACCCCUCUCAUACUACUGCGUCCCUACAGUCAGUAGAGUUGACUGGGUGCGCACUACAAGCUGCACAACACAACACCACACAACAAGCCAAACGCCAUUAAGAUCUCGGUGUCCUGUAUAUUUUGAUCCAUCUGUUUUGGUUGAUUUGUAGUGUUGUCAGCUUAAGAAUCUCAUGGAAGUGUCCUCCUCGGCGGUGGUCGUGCUUCCAGUUUAGUAGGAAAACUAGAAAUUUCCUCAUGUCAUGUACUGUAUAUGACCAUAAAUAGAAUCAUAUCUAGGUUUUUACAGUAUGUGACUUGCCUUUUGGACAGUGCAAUAUUUGAAGUCAAAUCUAAUAAAGCCUAUUCUUAUCUGCUGUGCACAAUACCAAAAUAACCUUUAUUGUUUACCAUUUUUUUGUUGCUCUGUUACUCUGUGCAUAUAUCUCUGUAAUACAACUCUAAAACAAA